AUGACCCAUCAUAUGGGUACGCCUCCAAUGAACCAGCAAAUUGAGGAAAGUGCAAAUUAUUUGCUUGCCAAAGAUUUCACUGGUCCGGGAGAGCCCCCCCGGGCUGGAAAAACAUGGGUAUACGAUUUUGUUGGUCGCUUGCCAGAAAAAUACGUGAGAAUUGUUCAAAAGUCUCAAGAAAAGGAACGUACCGCUUCAGAGCAUUACGGCGAGGUUGAGCAAUGGUUUAUUGACCUCAAAUUCAUGAUAAAACAUCUCAAAAUUCAACCUCGGAAUCUUUGGAACUUCGACGAGACCGGAUUCAUUGUCGGACAAGGAAAAGAUGAAGCGGUAGUAACAGCAUUCCCAAAAACGUCAAAAAGAGUCUCUAGCCUGUCCUCCCGAGAAUCAAUUACUGUCAUUGAGGGUGUAAGCGCCGAAGGAAAGAUUAUACCACCUUUGUUGAUUCCAAAAGGCAAGGUCCAUUUGGAGGAAUGGUAUCGGCAUUUGCAAGAUGACGAAUGGCUUGUUGCACCUGCUAAAAAUGGAUUUAUAACGGAUGAGAUCGCUUUUGAAUGGCUUCAACAUUUUCAAUACUAUUCAAAGCCAGAAUGGGGAUUACUAGAAUGGCGGUUACUUCUUAUGGAUAAUCAUACAACUCACCUUAAUAUGCAGUUCGUUGAAUACUGUCACAUCUGGCACAUUCAACCGUUCCGUUUUCCUCCUCAUUCCACGCAUUUUUUACAACCGCUCGAUGGGGUGCCGUUUCAGCAAUAUAAACACGUUCAUGGGAAGGUUGUGAACAAAGUUGCGCGCUUAGAUGGCUUCGAUUUUGACAAAAACGACUUUUUUGAAGAAUUACGCGAUAUUCGGAUAAAAACUUUUACAACGAGGACGAUUCGCAACAGUUGGAGAGAGCGAGGCAUUUAG